AUGGCCUCAAGAUACGCUCAAGUACACCAGUCCCCCAAAGGAGCCGGUGAUGCUCGACCCACCGCUCUGCAGAUUAUCAAAGACGAACAACUUGAGAACAAGUUUGUCGGCAAGAACAUUCUCAUCACCGGAUGUUCAUCUGGUAUAGGACUGGAGACAGCUCGAGCUCUUUUCGCAACAGGAGCGACGCUUUACCUCACGGCUCGAGACGUCCCCAAGGCAGAAUCAGAACUCGCCAGCUUGAAAGAGUCUGGUCGUGUUCACUUCCUCGAGCUUGAUCUCAAUUCUCUAGACAGCGUUCGCACAUGCGCUAGCAAGUUCCUCUCCCAAACUGAUCACCUACACCUAUUCAUCGCCAAUGCCGGAGUCAUGGCUUGCCCAGAAAGCCACACCAAGGACGGAUUUGAGACUCAGUUUGGAGUGAACCACCUUGCGCACUUUUUGCUCUUCAACCUGCUCAAGGAUGCCCUCCUCCGCUCGGCCACACCUGAACUCAACUCUCGCGCUGUCUUCCUCACCAGCGUGGGCCACCGCAUGGCAACCGUCAACUUUGACAACCUCAACCUGGAGGGCGCCUACAACGAAUGGGCCGCCUACGGACAGAGCAAGACAGCCGUGAUCUGGACCGCCAACGAGAUCGAUCGCCAAUUCAAGUCCAAGGGGCUCCGCGCCACGUCCGUCAUGCCGGGAGGCAUCAACACUGGACUGCAGAAGCACAUGUCCGACGACGCCAUGCAGAUGUUUGCAGGCGACGAAGUACAGGCGGCUUGGAAGACCCCGGAACAGGGCGCUGCAACCACCGUGUGGGCGGCCACUGCGAAGGCACUUGAGAACGAAGGAGGAAUAUAUCUCGAGAACUGUCAAAUUGGACACCCGUGGGAGGAGAAAAACGGGCAGUUGGGGGAUGGAUAUGCACCAUGGGCCUAUGACGAGGCUGGUGAAGCCAAGUUGUGGAAGGUCUCACUUGGUCUGGUUGGAUUGCAGAGCAAGGAAUAA